AAUUUGUAGAACUUUGUGAAAUUGUGGGGUGCAAAGCAACCCCUAUUGAAAAAGUUCAUCUUUAAUGCAAGUGUUUGGUGUACAAGUUUGGCAUGCAUAUCGUGAUUCGUGACCUUUGCAAAAACUCUUCUAGUUCAUAAAUCUAUCAUUAUCUACAAAUACUUAAAAGCAACAAUAUCAUUACCGAAUUGAAUUCGGACAACAUCAUUGCAUCUUGAUUGUGGGAUGAAGCAAAUCCCGAUCAAGUAUGGAGUGGGACAGCAACUCUGAUUUAAGUGAAAGCGAAGAUGGAAUGGAUGAGGAAGAGAAACUAGGGUUCUUGCUCAGCAGCAAUGGCGGCAGAGAGCUGCUGCCUCUGCCCGUCGACUCGCUUCUUCAUCCUGCGCCUUGCGGCUUCGUGGUCACCGACGUGCUCGAGCCCGAUCACCCAGUUGUUUACGUGAAUUCGGUUUUUGAGAUGGUCACUGGCUAUCGAGCUGAAGAGAUCCUUGGCAGAAACUGUCGAUUUUUGCAAUUUAGAGGUCCUUUUGCUAAAAGAAGACACCCGCUAGUGGACUCAGGUGUAGUUGCUGAAAUAAGAAGAUGCCUUGAACAUGGGCUUGAAUUCCAUGGAGAGCUAUUAAAUUUUAGAAAAGAUGGAACUCCACUAAUGAAUAGACUGCGCUUGACUCCUAUAUAUGGAGAUGAUGCCACAUUAUCUCAUGUUAUAGGUAUUCAGUACUUUACAGAAGUGAUUCUUGAGCUGGGUCCGCUGUCAGGAUCCUCAACAGAGGAGUUUGCUAGAUCAUCUGUUAGGCACUGCUCUGGUCUUUCUCACUGCAAGCAAGUUUCCAAUGGGAACCUGAAUAUUGCUACUGGAGUUUGUGGGAUUCUACAGCUGAGUGAUGAAGUUCUUUCUCUCAAUAUUCUUUCACAAUUGACCCCAAGAGAUAUUGCAUCUUUUGGCUCUGUUUGUAGACGGCUCAAUGCUAUGACAAAAAACGAACAUCUCUGGCGUCUGGUUUGUCAAAAUGCAUGGGGUGGCGAAAUGACUCGUGUAUUAGAGGCAGUGCAUGGAGUGAAGACAUUAUGGUGGGGCAGAUUGGCAAGGGAGUUGACUACACUUGAAGCAGUGACUUGGAAGAAACUAACUGUUGGAGGUGCUGUUGAACCUUCGCGCUGCAACUUCAGUGCAUGUGCUGUUGGAAACAGGGUAGUUCUCUUUGGUGGAGAAGGAGUCAAUAUGCAGCCCAUGAAUGAUACAUUUGUUCUGGACUUGAAUUCCACUAGUCCUGAGUGGAAGAAUGUUAAAGUGAGCUCUCCCCCUCCUGGCCGCUGGGGUCACACUCUUUCGUGCGUUAAUGGCUCUCAUCUUGUUGUAUUCGGUGGGUGUGGAACACAGGGCUUACUGAAUGAUGUGUUUGUGUUGGAUCUGGAUGCAAAACUUCCCACCUGGCGUGAGAUCAUCUCAAGCCUGGCCCCACCCCUCCCAAGAUCAUGGCAUAGCUCCUGCACCCUUGAUGGGACGAAGUUGAUAGUCUCUGGGGGUUGUGCUGAUUCUGGAGUGCUUCUCAGCGACACCUUUCUUCUUGAUCUGUCAAUCGAGAAACCUAUGUGGCGAGAAAUUCCAGUAGCAUGGACCCCGCCUUCUCGCCUGGGUCACACACUAUCUGUCUAUGGGGGCCAGAAAAUUUUGAUGUUUGGCGGUCUUGCAAAGAGUGGCCCACUUCGUUUCCGGUCAAGUGAUGUCUUCACAAUCGACUUAAGUGAGGAGGGGGAGAAGCAACCUUGUUGGAGAUGUGUAACAGGGAGUGGGAUGCCUGGUGCCGGAAAUCCUGGGGGCAUUGCACCUCCACCUAGGCUUGAUCAUGUGGCAUUAAGUCUUCCUGGUGGUGGGAUAAUAGUGUUCGGUGGGUCGGUAGCUGGCCUUCACUCUGCCUCACAGCUCUACAUUCUAGAUCCAGCGGAAGACAAGCCCACAUGGAGGAUUUUGAAUGUACCUGGUUUACCUCCAAGGUUUGCUUGGGGACACAGCACUUGUGUUGUUGGUGGAACGAGAGCAAUUGUCCUGGGAGGUCAGACUGGAGAAGACUGGAUGCUCAGUGAACUGCACGAAUUGUCCUUGGCAAGUUCUUUAUGAUGCAGUGAAAAGUGUGAUCAGUAAGGGUUGGUGUUCCUUUUAGUUAUCAUGUUGUUCGGCCUCAUAUAUGGACAGCACAAGCGAUGGUAUAUUGAGAAAAUUGGAGAUUCUCUAAUUCUAGGGCUAGUUUAUCCUCGUCUAUACGGCUUCUGCUGUCUGUCGUUCAGGUCUAUCGGAAAACAUACCAGACCAACAAGAGUACAAGCCAAAUGAGAAGGGAACACCAGGGUCUAGCUAAACACGGGUUUAAUGUGCCUAUCCUAAAUUUGAUAUACAAAGUAUGCACAUUAGCUCCGAUAUAUGGUGUACAAAUUACGCACAUUACCCCUCGUGAUUUAAAAUUUGCAUCAAAGUUCCUGGUAAAAAAUCAAGCAAGUAAUCACUGGAAUGACAAAUUUAACUGCGAAAAGCACGCAUCUUCACUCUUCAGAACGGCAAAGGCGCGUGUUUUGCCGGAGUUAAAUUUGUUGUUCUAAGGUAUUGUGUGCAUGAUUAAUUAUAACAAAGGUGGUUUGAUACAUUUUUUGAAUCAUAAUAGAACAACAAUACAUGGAAAUUAUAUAUUAUAAGGGGUUUGACGCACUAGAUUAGGCAUACCGGAUAAGAUUUUGUUUCGGUUGUAAUUCUAGGGGUUGCCCCUGUCUUUGUCUGUUGCAUCAUGAAUACUUAUGCAGUCAUAUGUUUACUAUUUAUGGUGUGUGUAUAUAAUGUGAAUCCAUUUGUUGUAUACUCAACUGUGCACUUUUAUUCACUUCCACCCUUUUUCUUGGAAAUAACUCAAAUAAGGCUUACUCCAUC